UUAUUGGGUCAAAUAUUAAAGCCAUUGGCAUGCAAUUUCCUGCAACACAAAUGCCAAAUGACUCAAAACUUGUUGACCCGCUUUUCAUUUGAAAUCUCCAUCAUCUUGCAUUCUUCAAGAUCGCUGUAACUCUCAAAAAUCUGCAGUACCCAGAACCUGAUCAUGCUCAAUUCAUCAUCUUUACUGUUACUAUUAUCCAACAAUCUCUUUCUCCAAUCUGCACUCGCUCUCUCCCUCUCUCUCUUCCUCCACUUCAUCAAGAUCCCUUCACUUCUGCUGUCUGCCCUUUUCACUUACGUUCACCCAGAUGAUGUUGCUCCCAGCAAUGCAUCUUCAAAUGGGGUUCGAGCAGCGAUACGUAGGCCGGGUGUUAAUGAUUCUGAGCUCAAACCCAGAAGGAAAUCCAAGGAAAGAUUUGAGUUUGAUGAAAAUAAAGCUCAGAUCUUUAGGCUAAAACUUAGUGAUGGUCAUCUUCAGACAAGGAUUUAUUUCGUGGAUUUUCGUAGUGCUUUUAACUCCGUGUUUGUUUCGCUUUCUUGUUUGUUGCUUCAUUGUUUCUUGAAGAAAUCUGAGGAUUCUGGGGUGGUAAAGAAUGGUUCUUUUGUUCCCAUUUUGUUGGGGGUUUUGGGUGUUGGUAGGAUUUUCGUUUUGUUUGUUAAGAUUUCGUUUGAAAGAUCUGCAUCUAAGUUGGCGGAUAAGCAAUUGAGUGUUGUUUUGGGGUUUCUUGGUUUUGUCGUGGCGGUUGUAUUAGUACAUGGGGUGGUUGGUAAAGGGAUUUUUGAUGUUUGUUUUGAUGCAGUUCAUGGGUUUGAGAAGUUAUUUAUUGCAAUUUUCAUGGGGUGUAUUUCGUGCUUUUUAUAUAUGCCAGCAGUGAGGAUUACUCAUGCCUUUUGGCUUGGAACUGAUCAGCUUCGAUGUAAUUUGCCUAUUGUUUCGUGUGGAUGGUUUGCGCGAUUGCUUCUUCAUGCUAACUAUUUGUUCAUGGUGUUUACCUCAAUGCUUUGGGUGAAACCAUUUGCUGACUUGCUACUUAUUGAUCAAAAUGUGAGAACUGAACAUGUUAGGGAGUUGGUUGGAAAUGUGGGUAUGCAGAAGUCGGAAUUUAGUAACUUUAGGCUCUGGUGUUUGUUGGUUUCGGGUCUACUGCAGAUUUUAUCAUUGCGAUCAAAUGUGCAAAUGUACUUGAACGAAGCAGUAUUCUGCUGGUAUCAGAGACUGCACGCUAGCAAAGUUCCUGACUUAGGUUAUAGUAGGGCGAAGGUGUUCCUGCACAAUCACUUUGUAUGCCUUGCGGUUCUGCAAUUUUUUUUGCCUGCAUCGAUGGUACUUCUCUUCCUUGGCUUGUCUCAAGUUGGUGACAAUUUGCUUACAAAUUGCCAAGGGAUAUGUAGCUUAUUCCCUUGUUCUCUGCUAGACAAAGAGGUGACUUUGUUUAUGGCCUGGUUGGUUCUCUUUGUUUGGAUGAUAUAUACUUCUGUCACUCUUGCUCUAUUUAGACAGGGAAUCUUGUAUGUCUCUUGAUCUAUUGUUUACUUGACUCACAUUAGGUAGCCGAGCUCUCUGAUUUUAUGAGCUUUUCCACAAGUAUGUCACAAUGUAACAAUACCACUCUUCCACUGUACUUCUUUUUUCCCCCUCGAAAUAUAUCCUUCCACGAAGAGUCUCAAUUUUGUGAUAGACUUCUGAAAUUUUUAUCGAAUAUUAUUUUAUUUUCUCC